AUGGUGCUGACACGGAAGCUCGCGUCUCUCCUUUCCCUCUUCCCUUACGCCCAGGCGGCGUGCUUAGCUGGGGCUUGUCUUUCCGAUCUUACCAUUACAAAGAACGUACCACUGGCAGUUCGAUCUUCUGACUGUGCAGUUUUCCUUACCUCAACUUACGUUGCCCUCGCUGUUACAGUAAUCUCUGGAACGGUACCCGCAUACAUUAGCGCCUGUGAUGCACCCUCAUACUCGUCAGCCUGCAACUGCAACUUCAACAUUGUACCCUCUCUCGCAGUCAUAUUGAGUCUACCAACGAGCGCUGCCGUGGUGGUCACGACGACCACCUUGAAGCCCACAACCACGACGUCCUUGACGCCAGGCUCAACCUUGUCUUCAGUCCCGUCAACGACAUCCUCGGUGCGUCUCUCAACAACCACAUCAAGCACCACGUCCAGCACCACGUCCAGCACUGUGACAACGAGCUCUAGCACGAGCCUAAACACAACCUCGAGCCGCAGCAGCUCGUCCACCACCUCGUCCACCACCUCGUCCACCACCUCGUCCACCAUCCCAUCAUCCAGCUCGACAUCAAGCUCAUCAUCUAACUCGGUUUCGUUCUUGUCUGUGUCACCCAGCAGCUCACUUGGCGUGACCAACAGCACAUCUACGUUCGGACAAGUCAAUGGCCCCAAUGCAACCACAGGCUUCACCACAAGUUCCAGCAAGAGUACUAGUACACAGUUCAGCUCUGUACCGAGUGCAACGCUCAGCGUCGCCCCAAGCGUUUCUCUGGGAGUAACAGUCGGUGUCAACGCUAGUCUUGAGUGGCUCUCCUUCGGCUGUUACAUCCCUAGUGCCUUCCCUUUCAGCCUCCAGCACGAGUUCACAGACGGUAAAUCCGACGGCUGGGUCCUCAACGUCACGCCUUACUUCCACAAUUCUCUCGUCUACGGGAACUUUGAAUUCGCCAAACUCUGGGAGCAGCUCGCAGCUAUUAAACACAAGUGUUUCUCUCUCCCACUCAAUUCUCAACCAGACGAGCUCGUCAUCUCUAAUCCAAAGCCCAACAUUCACAAGUUCGUCAAGCAGUCAAUUCUCAUCGCCAACAACCAGCGCGACCUCACAGGUUUCCAGUACCUCCCUGGUAACGCUCAGCACUUCUUUUACCGUGCCAACAUUGACCCCAUCGUUGAGCACGGUGCAACAAUCGUCGAAUGUCAACCCUCCGAGUUCCCUCUCCCCGAGCAGCCAGAUAUCGGUCUCUGGGACCGUCGCGUCACUCUCGAACACAAGCCCGACAUCGAUCUCCUCGAGCCAGUCUUUGACUUCGACAAUCUUCACGACGGAGCCAGUAAUCACGUCGAGCAACUCUGUAAUAAGCCUCACGUCCGUUACGACGUCGGUAUCAUCGCAGAUCACUCCAGUGCCAACCACCUCAGUGUCAAAUGCAAAUCAAUCUGUCUCCUCAGACUCAUCUUUAGGAGUAUCGUCACCAACCCUCACCGGCCCCCUCUCGACCUCGCUCCCUAUUUCCACAAGCGAGUCACUAACCUGGAACCCUCAAACACCGUUAUUCAGAGCGUUCUGUCCUCAGAAAAUCUAUUCAGCUCAACGCCUACCUUGUCGAGUGUCUCUUUCACCAGCUUCACAAAUCUGACAACGCUAUCAACUCAAACCAGCACGUCAUUAUCCACAGAGCCUGUGGUAUCCGGCUCCAAUGUUCAAGGCCCAGGAUCUACUGAAUCUCUGACUUCGAUAUCGGGAACUGAGCUGGUAACGCCUACCCCAACUAUAGUCACAAGCAACACGGAACUCAACUCGAGCUUGUUGGUGAGUCUGCCAUCGAGUCAGCCAAGCACAGUCCUUCAGACUGGCCAACAAAGCUCUCUUAUCACGUCAUUACCCUCAUCGGGCGUCCCGAUAUCAAGCUCUGCGAUCCAAGGCCCCGGGUCCACCGAUGUUCUGCCAUCAGGUUUGGUGACGAGUGAGCAGCUUAUCGAGCCUCGUCACAACGGGGACCGAGUUCAGUACGCAAAAUGGAACUACCCAAACAACGCAAGUGACAAGCUCACAAGCAUCCUCGAUCGAAAUCUCGACGUCGAAUGCCCAAGGCCCAGGGUCGCUCGAGACCUCGCCCUCAGUAUCUGUGACACAAAUCUCCGAGACAAGCUCGCUUCCACUCACAACGAUUCUGCCGACCGAGAGCACAGGAUUGAGUCAAACGAUUUCCUUUACAAGCUUGAACGAAGUCAGUUCAAUUACUACAUCCCUGGUCAAUCAGCCGUCCAGCGUUGGCCCCACUACGGAAGAUACCCAGAGAACAGAGACGAGUUUCACGAUCAGUUUUUCAUCAUCUCUCAGCGAAACGCUACCGCUGAAUACGAAUGGGCCGCUGUCUACCGAAGUACACCCCUAGUCGAUACUAGUAAUACAGAGAGCUCGAACCCUGCGCCUUUGAGCACAUCACCAGUGCAACCCCCAACAACAUCAAAUAUUGUUUCGACCACAAGCGAUGUCAAUGAGCCAGUCAGUUCAGAAUCUGUGAUACCACCAGAUUCUGAGAGCGUGUCGCUGCCACUGCAAUCCAGCCCUGGAAUCUCCAGCAUAUUUUCCCAGAAUCAGACAGAGCUGGCAUCUGCAGCUACCAGCAGCCAGGUUGUUUUUACAUCCAGCAUAUCGAGCGUCAAUACGCCUACAGAGCCUACAGAACCUUCGGGUUCGGAGACAUCCAGCAGCGAGAGUCCUCUAUCAGAGUCUCAGUCUGUAAUAUCUACAAGUCAAGUAAACGGGCCAGCGGUGACAGAAACCUCGGCUCAGCCGAUUACCUCCAGCGAAAGUUCACUUCAGUCAUCCGAGACGAGCACGGAAAUGUCUACACCUGGGAACACAGUCACAGCCAGCCAAAGUUCAAGCUCUUCAGAGCAAUCGUCCUCAACUGAAGAAAAUGGAACACUGGUGACACAGUCGCCGGUUCAGACCGACUCGAUAUCUCAGGGCCCAGUGGUCACUAGUGAAGAGUCAACUGGCCAACCAAGCCUGGGCCCAACCGACACAGCCCAAAUAGGAACGACUAGUUCCACGACACUUGUUAGCACUGAGUCGGGCACAAUUCCAGCGUCUAGUAAUGAGAAUGGCCCCGCGUCUACGGAAUCACAUCCAGUAUCAGACACCAGCCAGUCUCAGGCCAGUCAAGGCUCUUCUAGCGUUGAUGUCAGCAGUGUCUCCCUCACGCCGACGACUUUCAUCACCUCAUUUACGUCAUCACCUCUGAGUAAUGGGUCUGAACCCUCGUCUAGCGAGAGUGCCAUAGCUUCGGUGAGCGAGACUAGUGACCUGCCGGAGUCAUCUAUGCCAACCAAUGCUCCUCUGUCCAGCGAUACAGUCGUACCAUCUGUCAGCGAGACAGCGACACCAACCUCAUCCCUGGUAUCAGAAACAGAGGAUGUGUCAAGCUCCAACGUGAAUGGGACUCUGUCAACAGAAUCUCUAUCUUCGUCAGCCACCGAGAGUCAGUCAAAGAUCAGCCAGCAGUCACCACCCACUGCUUCGGAUUCCACUUCAUCUGAUAUUAGUACAGCGUCGGUUGGUGCCUCGAGUGUGAUCAAUGGCCUGCCAUCAGGCGAGACCGAGACACAGUCGACGUCCCAGAGCCCUGUAUCGACCGAAGAACAAUCGGAUUCAGGGACACUCAGCUCUGAGGCUUCAAACAGCCAGGUGACAAGCAGUCCAGACAACAGCUCGCUCGGGGGUGCUUCUUCAGAGACCGGUGUCAUUUCGACAGGUUCACCAUCAUCGACCCAGGAGGAAACAAAUGGUCCCGCAUCUAUCGGGUCAAAUUCGACGGCCGUGACCGAACCAACGACGGAGCUGCAGUCGCAGUCGGAGCUAGCUCAAACAUCAACAGGCAAUGUGAACGGGCCAACAGUAUCCGAAAGCCAGCUUUCGAGCGAGUCGUUCACGGCACAGCCGCAGUCCUCACUCGUAAGCGAGGUAUCCAGUGAAACGAUGACCAGCAGUGAAACCCCGGGCCUGGAGCCUACAGAGAGUCAACCGUCGGCGCCGCAAGGGACAACUGCGUUUCCAUCGUCCGAAGAGGUAUCGUCGUCGGGCAACUUGAACGGCCUUCCCUCCACGGACACAGGAGUUGUGAGUGCUCCAGGGGAGACCACAAGCACGCCCACAAUUUCACAGACCGAGGAGCCCUCGACGCAGAGCCAGCCACUUGAGUCUAGCGCCACGGAUUCCGUCGGCAAUCCUGCAGGGAGCACAGAAACACCCACCACAGCUAUAUCAUCAUCAUCUAGCCUGGCGGGUACUCCAAGUGAUGUGAACGGAGUCCCUUCUCACCUAACUACCCAACUGGUUGAGACUAGUGCCACAGAUUCUGCUGUCAACUCUCCAGACAGCACGGAAAUAACGAUCACAUCUGCAUCCUUAGUUUCCAGUCUGGUGGGUAUUUCAAGUGAUGCGAAUAGCCUCCCUUCUGACCUCACGACCCAAUCAGUCGAGCCUAGUAUCACAGAUUCUGCUGGCAGUGCUACAGAUAGUACGGUGAUACCCACCACUGUUGCAUCCUUCUCUUCCAGUUUGGCGGGUACCCCGAGCGAUUUGAAUGGUCCUCCUUCUGAUAUCACGACCCAGUCGGUUGGAUCUGGCAUCACAGAUUCUACUGGAAGUUCUACGGGGAGCGAAGAGAUAUCCCCCACAGCUAUAUCGUCAUCGUCCAACUUAGCGACUACUCCGAGUGAUGUGAACGGUCCCCCUUCUAACGUAACUACGGAGAUCGGGGUCACGAGUAGCACUGCAGAGUCAAGCUCGCAAGAUGCGACAACUAGUACUGAGCUUGGGGAGACAUCGGAAGUUUCCACUGCACCCGAACAGACACCAACCACCGAUGUACUCAGCAGCGGGUUCAGUGAAAGCACCUCGGCGGUUACGAUCACUAGCGAGCUAUCCUCAAGCACCCAAACAUCGGUUGUAAAUGGCCCAGGGUCCAUUGAGUUCAGUACAGACACUGCGGAAUCAACACAGUUGUGGUUCACCCAAGGCCCACUAUCAAGCGAAACAGUUUCGGCCACAGACUCAGCUCAAGUCGCUUCAGGCCUAGGAAUUACAGUAUCGGAGAGCCUCGGAUUCAGCUCAGUGCUGGUAACUAGCAGCACCUUUUUGACUGUGACUAUCUCCCAGAGUACAGAGAGCUCAGCAAGCACAGAGGCUUCUAAUGUUAAUGGACUGCCGACGAUCGAGUCUGCGACAGACACUGGGACGACCUCCACGAGAACGGAUGAAGGCAUCACAACCCAGCUCCAGACUACGAAUUCCGAGAACAAUAUUCUGUCGUCAACAGAAGACCUCUCAUCCUCUGACUGGAGCCCGACUUUGUCUACGCUUGAGACUACCACCAUCCAGAUAUCAACUACAGAAGUACGAUCCUCUACUCUGGAUGGUUUGCCAUCUGUCGAGUCUGGGGCGGAGAGUGAGACAACCACAAGCAGCUUUACACAGAGCAGCACGUCUACCGAAGUUCAGGCCUCAGAGACUCUCUCUUCUCUUACUGUCACUACCUUCAUUACUGUAACAAGCCAGUCACAGGCUCCCGAAGUUUCUGAGAGUGACUCAACAAGCGUGUCUAACCUGAAUGGUUUGCCGUCAAUCGAAGCCACCACAGAGAUCGACACGGCGAGCGAGGCCACAACGACAGAUAACCGUAGCCCGGCCGUGGUGAUGACGUCUGAUUUGGGGUCGGUCACGGCCAUAGAGACAACGGAGCAUCAAACCACCGACUCGAUUUUGUCAAGUGAAGGGCAAGCAACUGAAAGUGAUGAAACCGGAACAGUGACAGCGUCACAAGUCAAUGGCUUGCCCUCCAUCGAGUCGGUCUCUCAAACUAGUGUCAUCAACACCACGUCGGAAACUUUCCCAGGGCAGCCGUUAUCGACGUCCGAAACUGGGGGCCCACUAGUUACUCAGCCAACCCAGUCUACCUCUACACAACCUUCAGAAAGUAGUCUCACUGGGUCCAAUGUAAAUGGGCUUCCUUCUUUCGAGUCGCCUUCUAGCACCGAAUCUCCAAGCAGCAUUCCGGUAACGAGCCCAGAGUCAGAGCAGGCAACGAUUUUGUCAACUCAAACAAGCGCUGUUUUCUCUCAGACCAGUAGCUCAGGCAUUGCCAAUGGACCUGUUUCUACGGAUUCGGCUCUCAGCACAACGGACUCCUUGCCGACAAUAAUGCCCCAAGAAACGUCAGAAAGCAACGGCGCCAAUGGUCCGGUGAAUACUGAAUCUCAGAGCGACUCUAGUGAUCUAACCUUGAUGAGUUCCGCGCCGAGUACGGUCAUAAGCCAGACAAAUGCAAAUGGGCCUGAAAUUACCGAGACUGGAGCUUCAUCAACGACGAGUGAAGCAGCUUCAGACCUUCUCAACCCGGGGCCGCAAUCAAGCUCCACUGAUAACAUAGGGAGUCAAUCGCAGGGGAACGGACCACCACUCUCCCUACAGACCGAGUCGGCAUCGUUGCCUAUCUCAUCCGGCGAGAUGUCAGUUACCAUUACGUCACUCGAAAGCCCGACGCCGGAGACAAUCACACUUAGUACGGAUCCGAGCCCGUCUGACGUGAACGGCCCCCCCAUCUCAGUAGAGACAGGCCCGAUUUCGACAUCUGAGGACUCAACGGUCGAAGCAACAUUCCUGAACAGUUCCGGUCAGGAAACCUCAACUGAACCCGUCUCUACGACAGCAGUACCGAGCCAGUCAAAUCUCAACGGAGUUCCUUUAUCUGUUGAGGACUCAUCAUCAACGAGCUCUAUGACUCCGGCACCUACGUUUGGGUCUACGGCUUCAGUAUCAGUUGUGGCAAGCUCAGACGAAAAUGGUCCAGUGUCAAUUGAAACCGAAAGACCCUCGCAAGUCAGCGGAGGACCUCCAUCGGUUGAGGCCACAAGUCAGAUCUUUGUCUCGACAGAAACGUCGAUCUCUCAGGUCUCAGCUGUAACGCCAAGUUCUUCUGAUUCUUCUCAGAACAUCAAUGGACCCAAUCAACAGCAGUCAACAGAGUCAGAGGAGUCGGGUAAUUUAGCCAACAGUGGCUCUGCGACGGAAACAGAGACCAGCUUCAGUACACUCCCUUCACCUCAGACAUCGCUCCUCAGCACGGAUUCGGGGGGAACCACCCAGUCAAAUGCCAAUGCUCCGAACCAAGCCCAGCCCACGGACCAGGAAAUCUCAGGAAGCACCGUUGAGACUGGGGUCAGUGGUUCAACACAGUCCAUUGCCAACGGACCUAAUCAACCGCUUUUGACAACCGAUGAGGGCGAUUCAAGCACUUUGGCUAACGCUGGUGCCGGUAGUUCUACGCAGUCAAAUAUUAAUGGGCCUAACUCUGUUUUCCUAACAACCACAGAGGAUCUUAGUAGUAGCAUCACUUCAUCAUCAUCCAUUAAUAACGGGCCGGCAGAGACUGAGAGCUCUCUGAGUAGCACCGGCGAGGAUGCAAACGCCUCUACGAGACCUGUGAACGGUCCUAACCAGCCACAGUCCACGGAUAUCGGCCAGUCCGGCACUUUGGCCAAUUCCGGUGGCGGCAUCUCUACAGAGUCAAAUGCCAAUGGACUUAACUCUGCACAGCCAACAAUAGAGAGCCCCACCUUGUCGCCGUCAAAUGAGAAUGGGCCGGCCGAGACUGAAAGUGCUUCGAGUAGCAAUGACGAUGGUGCGAACGCUUCCGCAGGACAGAAUGUGAACGGCCCGAACCAGCCGCAGUCCACCAACGCCGGCGAGUCGGAUGCUCUGGCCAAUUCCGGCACCGGUGCGUCCACACGACCAGGUGUCAAUGGGCCUAAUCAGUCACAGGCGACGGAUGCAGGCCAGUCCGGCACCUUGGCAGAGGCGGGUGCUGGCGCGCCCACGGGAUCAAACGUUCAAGGCCCAAACCAGACUCAGAGUGUUGGAUCCAGCAGUACGAUCACCGUCGAGCCAUCAAGGACCAUCAAUUCUGGUGCUGAUGCAUCAAGGUCAAAUGCAAAUGGCCUCAAUUCUCCAGAAGCAACACCAGCAGCAGCAAGAACCGGCAGCAGCACAACAUUGCUGCCGGCCAACGCUAACGGGCCGAAUUCGCCAGAGUCGUCGGAGUCAGAGGAACCAAUGAGCAUUUUGGUGGCAAGUGACGGCGGACCUGCGGGUUCAAACAUCAAUGGUCCAAACCAGCCUCAGCCCACCGAACCUGGGGAAACUGGCGGGAACAUCCCGGCAAGCACCACAGCGGGCGAUGAGGCGUCAGCACGGCCUGGAGUGAACGGACCGAACUCGUUGCAAACCGCCGGCCCCAUGACCUUUGCUAGCAAUGAAUUGCCCACUGCCACGGCCGAAGCUUCAACAGGACCAAAUAUAAACGGACCAGGUUCUGGACAAUCAGUCGCUCCAGACUACCAAGGAGCGACUGCCAGUCGAGCCAAUAGCGAGCCUUCGCCGGACUCGUCUGGGAUGAGUGGCCCUGAGCCAACGGUUACUACAACUGGUGGACGCGUAAAUGGGCCUAAUCGUUCCGGUGGUGAGGCGUCCAUCGGGGUCUCAAUGGGCUCGGACGGGGAACUGACGCCGGUCUCAAUUCCUCCGAGUGAUACAGUCGAGCCCCCUCCCGUGUUGCCACCAAGCAACUUUCCACAAGCCUCUCCGGGCGGAAACAACGAUGGCCCUGCCUCGACCGAAGAUGAAAACCAGAGCCCUGGGACAGGUGGGUCGGAAACUUCGACCUCGGGAGGACAAGGGACUGAAGGGGCAUCACCUGGUACUUUGCAAGGGGCAACAUCCACCAGCACCGGCGCCUCGUCAGAAGGUGCAGAGGAGCCGGACGGUGCCACCGGCACAGGAUCACCGGGCUCGACAUUUUCAACCGUCACGACAGGCAGGCCGUCCUACUCGACGGUCCAGGAAGCUUCCGGCAGUAGACUUCAACCGUGGAUCGGUUUUCGAGUGUUGGGGAGGCUUUUCGAAAGCCUGACGUGUCAGCGGGCACGUGGCUAUGGACGCAUUUUCCUCUGGUAA